CCCAAACCCCAAAAGGCAAAACCCUAAAAACCUCAUUGUCAAGAAACUCAAGUGUUCAAAGGGCGCAGAUUUCUCUCUUUCUUCGUCUCCAAUGGCUACCAUUCCAGUUAACCCAAAACCGUUCUUGAACAACUUGACUGGAAAGACUGUCAUUGUCAAACUCAAGUGGGGAAUGGAGUACAAAGGUUUUCUUGCCUCAGUAGAUUCAUACAUGAACUUGCAGCUAGGCAAUGCUGAAGAAUUUAUUGAUGGUCAAUUCACGGGAAAUCUUGGAGAGAUUUUGAUUAGGUGCAACAAUGUUCUCUAUCUCCGUGGGGUUCCAGAGGAUGAGGAGAUAGAAGAUGCUGACAGAGACUAGUUAGCUUCACAAGCAGUUUAGUCUUGAUCAUAAUAGAACUCUCCCCUUUUUGGCGUAAGGCUUGCUAGUUUGUAAUGCUACCCUUAAUUAGAUGCCGUGUGUAAUUUAACUGACAUAUCACCGGUGUUGCCACUUAUGCGGCCGCACUAAACAAAUUGAUUUCACUUAAUUGAAUUAUGUUCCAUUGCCUUGUAAAA